UGUGGCUCAGGCUGAGCUGCCGGGACCUUGAGCGCCGCCAGGCUAGCGUCGGAGUCAGCAGGGAGCGGGGAGCAGGGGGAAGCGACACCAGGAAAGCGAGCGCGCCAGACAGGGGCAGAGGGGCUCGAGAAGCCGCGCAGAGCUUCCGCGCACAGCCGCCGGCUGGCUUCUCCCGGCCGGUGCCAGCUCCUGGGAACGCGCAUCCAGAUACCCAGUCCAGCCACCGUCGCGGACAGAGCGCCGUUCGCUGCAGCGAGGCCCGGGGCGGCCCCGCAGGGACCCCCCCAGACCGCCUGGGCCGCCCGGAUGUGCACUAAAAUGGAACAGCCCUUCUACCACGACGACUCAUACGCAGCAGCGGGAUACGGCCGGGCUCCGGGCGGCCUUUCUCUACACGACUACAAACUCCUGAAACCCAGCCUGGCGCUCAACCUGGCCGACCCUUACCGAAGUCUCAAAGCGCCCGGGGCGCGGGGCCCAGGACCAGAGGGCAGCGGUGGCAGCAGCUACUUUUCCGGCCAAGGUUCGGACACAGGCGCAUCGCUCAAGCUUGCCUCAUCAGAGCUGGAGCGCCUGAUCGUCCCCAACAGCAACGGUGUGAUCACGACGACGCCCACGCCCCCGGGACAGUACUUUUACCCCCGCGGGGGAGGCAGCGGCGGAGGUGCGGGGGGCGCCGGGGGCGGUGUCACCGAGGAGCAGGAGGGCUUCGCUGACGGCUUUGUCAAAGCCCUGGACGACCUGCACAAGAUGAACCACGUGACGCCCCCCAACGUGUCCCUGGGCGCCAGCUCGGGGCCCCCGGCUGGGCCCGGGGGCGUCUACGCCGGCCCGGAGCCUCCUCCCGUCUACACCAACCUCAGCAGCUAUUCCCCAGCCUCUGCGCCCUCUGGAGGCGCCGGGGCCGCCGUCGGGACUGGGAGCUCGUACCCGACGGCCACCAUCAGCUACCUCCCACACGCACCGCCCUUCGCUGGCGGCCACCCGGCGCAACUGGGUCUGGGCCGCGGCGCUUCCACCUUCAAGGAGGAACCGCAGACCGUGCCUGAGGCGCGCAGCCGUGACGCCACGCCACCGGUGUCCCCCAUCAAUAUGGAAGACCAGGAGCGCAUCAAAGUGGAGCGCAAGCGGCUGCGGAACCGGCUGGCGGCCACCAAGUGCCGGAAGCGGAAGCUGGAGCGCAUCGCGCGCCUGGAGGACAAGGUGAAGACACUCAAGGCCGAGAACGCGGGGCUGUCGAGCACUGCUGGGCUCCUUCGGGAACAAGUGGCCCAGCUUAAACAGAAGGUCAUGACCCAUGUCAGCAACGGCUGCCAGCUGCUGCUCGGGGUCAAGGGACACGCCUUCUGAGCGCCCCCCCCCCCCGUACGGACAUCCCCCCAGUCUGGACGACUGGGCGCACGCCUCCCACGGGGCGAGGGGGCAGGCGGUGGGCAUCGGCCCCCGGGGCACCGCAAACCACACUGGACUCCUGCCCGCCCGCUCUGCGCCCAGUCCUUCCACCUCGACGUUUACAAGCCCCCUUCCACCUUUUUUUGUAUGUUUUUUUUUUUU